GCAGGUCUUGUAUCUGUAAUUUUUUCCCAAAAUAAAUAAAUCAUCAAUACAUGGUUUUUCACGUGUUUAUUCCAAGAAAAUAUUAGUUGAAAUACUUAAAUGAAGCUUUUAAAACCCAGUUGGGUCAAUCAUGACGACAAGCCAAUUUUUUCUGUGGACAUCCACCCGACGGGGAAGCGUUUCGCAACCGGCGGGCAGGGUGGGGACUCUGGCAGGGUGGUGGUGUGGAACCUAAACUCAGUUUUGUAUGAGUCAGUGGAAGUUGAUCCUAAUAUUCCUAAAAUGCUUUGUCAAAUGGACAACCACUUAGCAUGUGUAAACUGCGUGCGAUGGAGCAACGGAGGCAAAUACCUGGCCUCAGGUGGGGACGACAGACUGGUGAUGGUGUGGGGACUGAGUGUAGCAACUGGUGGUGCUGGCAAACACAAAGCAGAAACUUGGAGGUGCCUGUCCACUCUUAGAGGACAUGCAGGUGAUGUCUUAGAUCUAGCCUGGUCUCCCUUGGACAAGUGGCUAGCAAGCUGCAGCGUAGACAACACGAUCAUCAUUUGGAAUGCAGAGAAAUUUCCUGAGAUGGUUUGCGUAUUAAAUGGUCACACUGGCCUUGUGAAAGGAGUUGCAUGGGAUCCUGUUGGGAAAUAUCUAGCAUCACAAUCGGACGACAAAUCGCUUAGAGUGUGGAAGACAGCGGACUGGGCACCGGAGACUGUCAUUACGGAACCUUUUGAGGAGUGUGGAGGAACAACACACGUUCUUCGUUUAUCAUGGUCUCCAGACGGCCAAUACGUUCUAUCAGCGCAUGCGAUGAACGGCGGCGGGCCCACAGCGCAAGUUGUAGAACGCGAUGGAUGGAGAUGUGACAAAGACUUUGUUGGACAUCGCAAAGCCGUUACUUGUGCUCGUUUCAACAACAACAUAUUCGUAAAGGAAGGGAAGAAGUGUUGUUGUGCUGCUGUGGGCUCCAGAGACCGUGCGUUAUCUAUUUGGCUGACGUCACUGAAGCGCCCCCUUGUGGUCAUACACGAUCUUUUUGGGGACAGCGUCUUGGAUCUAUCUUGGAGCUCUGAUGGCCUGAAUUUGCUAGCGUGUAGCUCUGAUGGUACAGUGGCCUGCAUACAAUUUACGAACAAAGAAAUUGGAACACCGCUUACUUCUGAUGAAAAGAACGCUUUCUACGAGAAAAUCUACGGCAAGUGCUUAGCAAACGAGAGCGGUGAUCUGUCUUCAAACUUGCUGGUGGAAUGCCCCGAGAUUCUACUGGCUCGGGAGAAGCAUGAGGCCAAGAAGGAGGCAGUCAAGGAUGAUGCCACGCCCAGAAAUGACAAAUCACAGACAAAACCAAUGUUGACCACUUCACCCGUGUCGGCUAACGCGUCGAUAUCGCCCAGUGGCGCGCCGCUGCGGCCCAUGGACCGCCAGAUCGAGACGCGUACCUCUGACGGGAAACGACGCAUCACACCUGUCUUCAUUCCUCUCACGAAUGCUGAUGCUAAUGAAUCCCUUGGCUCCCAACCGAGCGGCACAGAGAACUGCUUUAGUACGUCAUCUCAAAGCAAAUCUCGCAUCCGUGUGGAGAGGCGCGACGACAUCGUCAUACAUCCCAAUGUCAGCAACCACGCAACUUCUGCACCGGCACCGAAGCCUUCCGACAACGCCCUGGACCAGCGGCUGCGCAAGCGCGGGCCGCCGCCGCUGCCCGGGCCGCGCGCGGCGGAUUUCCCUUGCAAGCGCGCGGCGCCCUCGCCGCCGCCGCCGCCCGCCGCCGCGCCGCUGCCCGCGCCCCGUCUGGGCGCCAACGGGCCUGUGGUACGCGCCGCCGGCGCCCUGCGCCUGCAGGUUGUUAACAAGGCCUGCAAUACACACUACGGCGCGUUAUCCAAAAUCCAGCUUCUACCUAACAACUCGGCAUCACCAGAUCCAGUUUGGGAAACUUAUUUAGGCAGCACGGUGACGUGCAUCGCGUGCUGUGCACGUUGGGCAGCGCUAGCGUGUGCCGACGGCUCGUUGCACGCGUGGCGGAUACAGCUCACGCACGCCACCAGAGCACUGCCACCCAUCGCACUAUUGUCCCAAGCGGCGAAACUCACACUGAGCGGUGACACGCUAGUAGCGGUGACAACACACGCGGAGCUCACGAUGUGGGACUUGGCCACGGCGACGUGUCUCGUGCGACCUUUAAGCUUCAGAAACCUUCUUACUCAUGGCGUGACAGUAACAAAUUGCGCGCUUCUGGAAGAUGGUAACCCUAUGAUCUCACUUAGUAAUGGGAAGAGCUAUAUCUACAGCAAGAAAUUAUUCGCAUGGGUGAUCUGGGCGGACGUGGGGGACCCGGUGUGGCGAGCGUGCUCGGGCCAGGCGGCCACGCGGGCCCCGAGGGCCGCGCUUGCGCUGUACCCCGCCCCAAGGCCGGCCGGGCCAGCGCCGGCUCCGGCCUCGUACAGUACGGGUGCAGCACGCAGCUGGCUAGAGUCUCAAGUCGCAUCCUGCCUGCACUUACGACUCGCUAAAGACUACAAACAUUGGAUCAUCUCACUCUUUGGUCACCUAGUCAACCAUGGUACAGAAGAGCAAUUGAGAACAAUUUUAGACGACAUGAUGGGUCCCAGCCAUUGUACGUCUACGCCUAAGAAGUGGCAAUCAACAGUAUUGGGUUUCAAAAAACAUGAUCUCCUUGAAGAAAUGCUCUCCCUACUCGUGCGUCACCUGCGAUGGCAACGAAUAUAUACGGAAUACUCUGAACAGCUGACUGACAUCAAAGAAGCGAACCUCAACGGCUCCACGAUGGAAACAGAAACCAUCGUCAAUGGCCAUUGACAAUUGCUUUUGAGGGACGAACGAGGACGAUAAAGGAAGAUGGAAAGUAGACUUUUACCGAUUAUGCACGGUGGGUCACAACUAUUCUACACUGUAAAAAUCACUAUUGAAAAUUUAUCCUUAUGUCUCCGUUUCCGAGUUCCUAUUUGCAAUAUGAAAAAGUAAUCGUUGGUAUUCAUUCAAGUUAAAGUUGUCCAAUGAAUGGCCAAUGUUGGCCGUGUUAAUUGAUAGGGAUAGUGAAUGAUACUUUAUUUUAGAAUGAAAGCAGUAGGUUUUAUCACUCUGAUUUAUAAGCCAUUUGAUUGGUCAGUUUUUCCCACCACUUAUCACGUGAUACGGAAGCUUUAUGAUUGGUCGGCUGUACUCGUGAUAUUAAAGUCAUGCGAUUGGUUAGAAAAUCCUACUGGUAACAAAUUAACUGUGGCGAUUUGGCCUUGCGUAUAGACAAAUAAUUGAAAUUCGACUCUAUACCACUUAGAUUAGGUAGAAGUCCGAAGUGUAAAAAACUCAACUUGUUGUUGAAUGUACAAGGAAGAGAAAUAUGAAUCUUGUGUUUAGUCUGCUAACCGUGACAAUUAUGCCUCGUUUGCUUUUUGAAGAGGCCCUUGUCCAACAGUGGAGUACUUUAGGCUAGUAGUUGGUGGUAUUGGCUGACACUUUCAAUAUGGACCACACAUUUUUUUAGAAAAAGUCGCCAUGACCGACUUACAGAAAUAUGCAUGGGAAAUUGGGAAUAAAAUAAUGUGAA